AUGGCACUAACACGUGCCACACUUGUGUUAGCCAUGUCCCUUACUCUCCUGACAUUGUCCAUAGCCCAAGCCCCCUCCCCUGCACCCAUCACAGCCCACACUCCUUCCUCUGUAUCACUCCCACCAGGAAGCCCAAGCUCAAGUCAGGGCCCGAGCAUGAGCCCAGCUCCAAGCCCUGCAAUAGCUUUUCCUCCUUCCCUUACACCUGAUACACCAUCACCAUCACCUACUCCGUCACCGUCUACGGGAGAAUCGUUUUCUGAUAAUCCAGUAGCCUUACCAAGUAAGGCAUUUAUUCACAGAAACAGCUUUUUCAUGCUACCACUCUUUGCUGCUGCUGCCAUGCUUAUUUCAUAA